UCUGUUUAAGGACUGGGUGGUGUUCAUUAGCGCACACUGUAGCAAAAUGUUUUGCAACAGAAAACCUGAAAAUUUGUUUUUCUUAUUGGACACGUUAAGAUAGUAUAGAACCUCCCCGCUUCACUCCGUUUUGGAUCGCUAUCUUCCAUUUGGUGCCUACUGAACACGACCCUGGUGAAGGGUGUUGUUCUAGCAAUAGGUUAUCAAAUCAGAUGAAAGAUGAUGAUGUUAUAAAAAUAAAAAUACUGCAUGCCUUCAGCACUGAGACAUGUACGAGAUAUGCCAGCAUAGAGCAAGAGCACUUCUGAAACCCUUUGAAAUGUUGCAGAAGAAUGGCCCAGCGAGGCUAAGACCAAUGAAAUGUAAAAAAAUGUGUUGUGUUUUUACCUCGAGGUUAAAGGUUUUGCGAUUAAGGAAUAUCACUGAAUCAUUUGGACUGGGAUAUUAUGGAUAUGCUUAAGCCACAAAGCAGAAUAACCAUAUUUAUUCUAUAGUGCAUGGAAUAUGAGUCAUUCAAUCAAACUACCCACUGCAGCGUGUGUAAUAUACCAUACUACCAUCUUAUUGCUGCACAAUAACAUAUUUAUUAGCCACAAAAAUGCAUUUCAACUAUUAACACCUGCUAAUUUGCUGUAUGAUCAGACCAAAUUCUGAGAGAUUUUAUUUCAAAUAUCUGAUACUGUGUUUACAAUAGUUUCUUCCUGGUUAUCUCAAGGCCCUAUGUAAAUGCAUAUCUUGCAUGGGGGGUCCAUAUGGAUUCAUAAUGAAAUCCCUACUCUGAACAAAAAAAAGGGACGCAUGGAACUCACUGGGGAACAUGUCGAAGGAGGAAGCCAUGCAAGCAUACGUCAAUGACAUUCAGCUGAUUCUGGAGACUCUUCCAGUCACAGAGGAGGUGUCUGAUCUGCUGGAGGCGCUCGGGGGGUAUUUCUUCGAAGAAGUGGAGGGAGGAGUGGAGGAAGAGAAGGAAGAGGACAAGAGGGCCUACAGCAGGCCUUUCGCAGCAGCUGCAGUGGAAAUGCAGAUGCAAAAGGGGUAUAUCCACAAACCAAAGAUGGAAGGCUUUGGGAGUCUGGAAAUCUGGAAGGAUAUUCAAACCAAAGUCCCAGAAAGCAAAAUAAAUGGCAUGACUAUGACUGACAAGGAGGAAAGCAAAAGCACUGAUAAGGAGGAAGAGGAGGAGAAGGAGGAGGAGAAAGUGGACAGUGAUGAGGAGAAGGAGGAGGAGGAGAAAGUGGACAGUGAUGAGGAGGAGGAAGAGGAGAAGGAGGAGAAAGUGGACAGUGAUGAGGAGGAGGAAGAGGAGAAGGAGGAGGAGAAAGUGGACAGUGAUGAGGAGGAAGAUGCAGAUGAUGAAGCGGAGGAGGAGAGAGAGAGGAAGUCCCCAGGCCCUGACAUGAAUCUGCUCAGGGUGAAGGACCGCAGGUGGAGGUCAGAGGUCAGCUCGUCCAACGGCAGUGUGGAGCCCAGCGUCUCCUCCAUGACCAAUGGGACACAGAGCUCCCUCAACAGUGAGGUGGAGGAAGAGGAACUGGCCUACUCCAAAGAUCCCCUACCGGAGAACUGCUACAGGCAUCUGAACAGACACCUCAGUGAGCGUCUUCGAGUCAACGACUCGGACAAUGAGGAAUUCUGUGAUUCAAUGGAACAUUUAGCCAUGGAGGAGGAAUCGGGAAUACCCAGGGUACACUCCUCUGGGACAAGGGCAAGUCAAGCUAAGAGGAGGAGUCUUCAGGGAGAGACCCUGGAUGAGGAUCUGAGUCUCCAGGAAGACUCCCCUCACAGGGAGGGGCUUCAUACAGAACGACGUGACAGUUGCUGGUCAAUGAGUGGAAUAGGUUCCAGGUCAUCGGGGCUAGGUUGCGGGUCACAGAUUUUUACCAGUGGAAAUGCUGCAGAGGGCUGGGUUAUGCAGAUCAGGACUGAGGCUGUUGCCAGUGGUAACCUUAACGAGCACAUCGCCAUGGCGCUGACCAGGCUGCAGGAGGACAUGGCUAACGUGCUUCUGAGGCUUAACACUCUGGAGGCCCUGACCACAUUACAGACUAGAUCACUUUCUCAGGCUAGACAAGAUGACUCCUUAUCUCUGGCAAGAAAGAGUCCUUCGUGGUGGCCUUUGCACCUGUCUCCUACCACCGUGGUGUUUGCUACAGUCUGGCCUUUGAUUUCUCAUUGGCUGGUUCAUAUUUACCUGCAACGAAAGAGAAAAAAGAUAAGCUGAGGAUCAAGUGUUGUUAUUCAAGCAAGCCAAACUCGAAAAAUUGCCUCUACUUUUGUAUAUAAAUUGUACUUUUCAUUUAAAUUCUCUAAAUGGCACUGUUUGGCACCGGACAACAGCUGUAAUUGUACAGAGAGGUGAUUUGUAAUACAUAAUUCACAAUUAAUUUUUUAUUUAAACAUGGUCUGGAUUUACGGGCACAAUACAAGGUUUGCUUACCACUUGAAAAAUGUGUAAUAUUAUUUUGAUACCCCACUAAUGCCAUACAAUAUUGUAUCUUCAUGGAUCGGUUUCCCGGAUUCCUAUUGGACUAAAAAUCACUUUCAAUGGGGAUUCUCCAUUGAAGUCCAAGAGCUGGGCUCUUAUAGCUUAAUAUUUUCUUACCACAUGACAUAUUGAACCACUAACUUGCUUGACCAUUUGCUCUAAUUUAAAACAGGGUGCAGCGGCGCAAUAUAUAUUACCCCUUUGUCACCUAGAAUUACAUUAUGGUUUCUGUUUCUCAAAAAUAGGCAAUACAUGAAUGUUUGUCAAAUGUAUACCCAUAAAAGUAGUGUACAUUGGUCUCCAAACAAAAUGUCACAAGUUUUACAUGGCAUUGCCUGAGGGGGAUCAAGAGACAAUAGAUCUAUUGAUGUGGUGUUGAGGUCCAUGAACAGAACUAGAAUUUAUACAGUAUUUAUUAACCAUAUUAUAGUAUAUACUUAAGCGUACUCCUACUUGACAUUGAUGUUGAUGAAUAACCUUCCAACUAACACUAAUGGAUUAUAUAUUAAUAUUUUAUUCCCAAUAUAGCUAAAUAUUUCAGAAUAUUUAUCAAAGAAAUCCCAGAAGAACAUACAACAUUCAUUAAUACAGAGGGAUGAGGAAGGUUUCUGUGUGGAUCAAAGGCUGAACAUUAUUGUACAUUAUCUGCUGUCUAUUAUCAUUUGCAAUGAGCCCAAAUCAUUCACUUCCAGAAAGAAAUCCUUUAGGGUUUGUAGGAAUGGUUAAUUUUCCUAAUCUUAUGUAGAGAUUGUAGGUUUUUUUCUUCCUGUGAACACAUUGUGUAAUUUAUGAGAAAUGAAUGAUAGAAAACAACACUAUAGUGCAAAAAUAUUGUAUUUGUAGUAUUUAAUUCAAUUACAAAGAAUGUAUCUAAGUAGCCAAUUGAUGAUUAUACAAUUAUAACCAGAGAUGCACCUGCAAGUUGCAAUAAAGCCUUGUUCACACUGCA